AUGGAUUACACCACCCUUCUCCCUGAGCUCAAGCUCGAGGAAAAGAUUUCCCUCCUCUCCGGCAGCGACUUUUCUCACGCCGCUGGCAUCCCAAGACUCAACAUCCCCGCUACCAAGGUCGCCGACUCCAUCAACGGCGUCCGCCCCUCCAAUAUCGCCGGCUCCGAGACCACAGCCUGCUUCCCCAACACUACCUGCCUAGCCUCCACCUGGGACCGGUCCCUCCUCGCCUCCCUAGGCACCCACGUUGCCCGCCAGGCCCGUCUCAAGUCCGCCCAGGUGGUCCUCGGUCCCACCAUCAACAUCCACCGCGAUCCCCGCGCCGGUCGCAAUUUCGAGUGCUGGAGCGAGGACCCCGUCCUGACGGGCGAGCUAGCCGCUGCCCUCGUCAACGGGAUCCAGGAUGCCGGGGUCGGCGCUUGCGCCAAGCAUUUCGUGUGCAACGACUCGGAGACCGCGAGGCAGACAUACGAUGUCAAGGAAUCGGUGGAUAGCAGGACGCUCAGGGAGAUUUAUCUUGCCGCCUGGCAGGUCAUGCUUAGAAAAUCAGACCCGCUGGCGGUCAUGACGGCCUAUAACAAGGUUGACGGGCAGUUCUGCAGCGAAAACUACGCUCUCCUCAACGUCCUCCGCGAAACAUGGGGUUUCAAGGGCAUCGCCAUGUCUGACUGGUUCGGCACGCACUCCACCGCAGACUCCGUCAAGGCCGGCGUCGACCUCGAGAUGCCUUUCCCCGUCCUUCGCGGCCAGCGGCUCCUCAACGCCGUGCGCGAGGGCCAGGUCACCGAGGCCGAGAUCGACCGCCGCAGGUGCGAGGAAUUCGCCGACACCAACGACCUCGCGAGGAAGAUUGCCGCCGCCGGUGUCGUCCUCGUGAAGAACGAGGGCCAUGUGUUGCCGGUAGAUCCGGCCGGCGGCCCCAAGAAGAUUGCCCUGAUUGACGUGCUGCCGGGCGUCUUCGCCGAACCCCAUUCCGUCGAAUACGCCCCGGGUGUCCGGACCAACGUCAUCAUGCCGGUGGCGCCUACGGAGAAGCUCAAGCUGCCGGGAGGUGAGCCGGGUGUUAAGGUAGACUACUACAAUCAAGGCGCAGCCGACCCAAUCUUCACCGAGGUUCUCGAAAAGCCCGUCAUCUUUAUGCUCGAGAGGCUCAGGCCAGGUCUUGAGGCCCUCGGGUCGCGCCUCGAGAUGACGACGCUGCUCACGGCGGAUACCGCCGGGACACAUACCCUGGCACCCGGCAUCACGACGGAGCAGUUCAUUUUCCGUCCCUUGCUCAUCGAAACCCGUCUCAAGCUCUCCAUGGCCGCCGGCCAAACCUUCUCUCGACCAGUACGAAUCCGAGGGUUCGACCUGGAAGACAUGAGCCUGCGAGCAAACCAGAUAGCCUUGAUCAAGGCCGUCGCGGCGGCCUCCAAGCAGACGGUGCUCGUAUUGCACUGCGGAAACCCCAUUGACGUGAGCCCCUUCAUCGACGACGUCGACGCGGUGUUGAUCGCCCAUUUCCCGGGCCAGGAAGGCGCCAUGGCCGUCGCGGAGGUGAUUUCCGGUGCUGUGAAUCCUAGCGGAAAACUGGCGACUACGUGGUUCAAGACACUCCAGGAUGUCCCUAGCUACAAGCACUUCCCCGCGAAACAGACCCUUGACGGCAAGAUGGAAAUCAGCUAUACCGAAGGCCUCGAGGUCGGAUACCGCUGCAAAGAAGCCGACACCAAGGCAAGAUGGCCCUUUGGGUUCGGCCUCUCGUACACUACUUUUGCUCACAAGGACCUUACGGCCAGGGUGGUUGAAGCUGCCGGGAGUGUGGGGACGCUAGAUUGUUCCGUUCUCGUCACCAACACGGGCACUCGCGGAGGCAAGGAGGUUGUUCAGCUCUUUGUCACGGCACCGGUGACAGCGGCAGUGUGGAGGCCGGCGAAGGAGCUGAAAGAAUUCACGACCGUCUACCUGGAACCGGGCGAAUCGAAGGAGGUCACCCUGAGUGUGGCGCUUGAUUCCGCUUGCAGUUAUUGGGAUGAGGAAGCAGCGUCAUGGCGACUAGAGGCGGGUCAAUAUGGCGUCUGUGUGGGCGAGAGCCAGGCAAGCUUCGAGGUGACGGAAGGCAAGCUUUGGAACCAUCUAUAA